AUGACGGCGAUUGAUGGAUUCAUCUCGAGGAGUGAAAUUGAGACGCAGUUGCUACACGAACUAAAGCCAGGUGCAAAAGCUAGCUGCUUACCUGGGAGAGUGGCAUACCAAAGACAUGGGAUCGCUUUACAGGUGGAAGAUGCAGCACAGGCUGGUGAUCACUGGCGUCUGCUGGUGUCGGUGUCCUUGCUGCGGACUGGAUUUGCCCUCACCUGUCUCCCAUGUGCUGACGACCAGUUCCAAUGUGUCAACUGCCGGUGUGUCCAGCAAAGCAUGCGGUGUAACCACAAAAACGACUGCGGGGAUAACUCGGACGAAUCGACUAACUGCACAUACCCUCCCUGCCUGGGUUCUCAGUUCACCUGCAAGAACAAAAUGUGUGUGGACCAGAAGUGGGUGUGCGAUGGUUCAGAUGACUGUGGGGAUGGUUCUGACGAAGUGAAAUGCGGCUCCUACUCCUGUCACCCAGGCGAGUGGCCGUGUCCAGACAACGGACGGUGCAUCCCCUUACAGAAGGUGUGUGACGGUCACAACGACUGUUUGUCUGGGGUGGACGAGGGAGACGCAUGCAAGUCUGAGACUGUGUGCCAGUGGCUUGGAGGCCUGUGCUACUGUUCCACCGGCUACACUCUCAACCUCGCCGACAACCGCACUUGUGUUGACUUCGACGAAUGUUCCUCUUGGGGCUUCUGCACCCAGCUGUGUGAUAACAAGCCGGGUACUUACCAGUGCAAGUGCAGAGAGGGGUACACGCUGGAGGGGAACACGACAUGCAAGGCACCUGACACGGAAUGUUAUAUCCGACAACACCAGAGCCCCACCAGCGUCGCCGUCGACCCGAGUUCAGGUUACAUGUUCUUUGCCGACAACGGCAACACGAGUCCCGGUAAUGAGCCUCGCAUUGAGCGAGCCUUCAUGGACGGCAGCAACCGCUGGAACCUCAAGCUGACCAAAGUCCUCAAUCCUCGUGGGAUCACGCUCGACCCUCUUAACCGCCGCCUCUUCUGGGUGGACUCUCAUCUGGACCAUCUGGAGACCGUGGACUAUGAUGGAUUGGACAGACGAACACUCAUUUCUGGAGGCCUGAACAUUCCGUCGCCUACCACAAGUAGCAGUGUUCGAGAACGAGGCAUUCUGGUCGGACAUCACGAUGCAGGGAGUCCUACGCAUGGACAUGCUGCAAGGGGAGAGCAGUCUGGUGACGAUAUAUCAGAAUCGCAGAUGGAGACAAGAAAGAAUAAGAGCCAGAUUUCCACAAGAAACAACCCAUGCGAGGCGAGUCCCUGCCAGCAGAUCUGCGCCAUUUCACAUGCAUCGGACAACGAAGGUCUAGGUUUCCGCUGCCUCUGUAAAUCCGGGUACACCCUCGAUCAGAGGAGGAUUAACUGUACAGAAAUUGAGAAGUUCAUCAUGUUUGCGUCUCCUCGGUCCGUGCGAGCCAUUCCCAUAGAGGAACCCAGCCCCUACGCCAUUGACGCCAUGCCCCCCAUUGUCGGCGAGCAGCGCAGUCGUCUUGGGGUCAACUACGUCGCCAUUGACUACGAUGCCCAGCAAGAGCUCGUCUUCUUCUCCGAUGUCAGAAUCGAGUCAUUUACCAAUGCAAGAUCGGAGAUUCAGUUUUGCUGUCCGGGUACUGAAAAACCGCUAGAGAGCCCGGAUAUGGCACUACAUGUUUGCUUUAUCAUCAUCAUCAUCGUCGUCGUCAUCAUCUCCCUCUCGCUUGAUCCAGAACCCACGGCUCUUGUGGUGACGGACGUUGGCUCAGUGGAAGGCAUGUCCUACGACUGGUUCGGCAAAAACCUGUAUUUCACCGACUUCCGGCGCAGUACUGUGUCAGUGAUAAGAAUCACCAAGCCUACAGACCGUCGUGAUCUGAUAAAAAACCUGGGCAACGCUCGAUCCAUUAUAGUCCAUCCUCUCAGAGGACUCAUGUUUUAUUCGGACUGGUUGCGCAACUCUCGCCAAAGUGCCUACAUUGCUAGAGCUCACAUGGACGGAACGAACAUCAAGAAAAUUCGAGAACAUCAGCUCGGUUGGCCCAACGGACUUAGUAUUGACUACGGCGGCAAUCGUCUUUACUGGGCGGAUGCGUUUUUCGACAGAAUACAACACUCAGAUUUUGACGGCUCGGACUUGCAGACUUUGCGCGGCCAUAAAGUCGUUCAUCCAUUCGGAAUCGCCAUCUACAAAGACUACAUUUAUUACACCGACUGGCGUCUGGAGGCCAUUGUUCGGAUCAACAAGCGCGGUGGACAGGAAAUGAGCAUGCGCAAAGGCAUGGGGCGCAUGAUGGGCAUCCGAGUGUACGACCCCGCGCUGCAGCCGCUGUCCCGUAGCCGGCAACCCUUGUCGACUCGUAACGGCGACUGCUCUCACUUCUGCUUCGGGGUGCCUGAGGACGGCGGCCUCCAGCAGGUGGCGCGGCACUGUGGAUGCCCUUUCGGCAUGAUGCUGGACCGCGACCAGCGCACGUGCAUCGACAACUCCACGGAGGUGACCGUCACCACCUGUCGCGCCAACCUCUUCCAGUGCGACAACGGCCGCUGCAUCCCCAGCUCGUACCGCUGUGACAAGGACAACGACUGUCUAGACAAGUCGGACGAAAAGGAUUGCCCCUCAGAGACCACCUGCGCGUCCAGCCGGUUCUCGUGUGACAACGGCCGUUGCAUCAGUCGAGUGUGGGUGUGUGAUGGCGACAACGACUGCGGGGACAUGUCGGAUGAAAACAACUGUCCAUCCAAGACAUGUAACACGCGCGAGUUCCGAUGUAACAACAGCUUGUGCAUCAGCCUGUUGAAGUGUGACACAGACAACGACUGCGGAGAUGGUUCUGACGAGGGCGAGAUUUGCAACGAACACGUGUGCCCGCCCAGCUACUUCCAGUGCGACGACAAGCGCUGCAUCCCUCAGCGACGACUGUGCGACGGCGGCAAGGACUGUUACGACGAGAGCGACGAACGGAACUGCCCGCCGCUCAACUGCACCGGCAACCGCUGGACCUGCGCCUCCUCCCGCCAGUGCAUCCUCUCCAAACAUCGCUGCGACGGCGUGGAGGACUGCGACGAUGCAUCCGACGAGGAGCGCUGCAGCUCGAGGCCACCUGACAGUUGUCACAAGGAGGAGUUCAAGUGCACUGUGGGGGGCUGCAUACCUGAGGACUGGAAGUGUGAUGGUCAGCAGGACUGCGAGGAUGGCAGUGAUGAACCAGACUCAUGUCCCCCUGUCACGUGUCUUGGAAACCGCUUCCGCUGCAACAACGGUCGCUGCAUCUUCGCCGGCUGGAAGUGUGACGGAGACGACGAUUGUGGCGAUAACUCGGACGAAGAUGCAAGUCUCACAUGCCCACCGCCUCCUUUCUCCUGUCCGUCGGGUACAUGGGAGUGUCCGGGUGGCAGCGAGAUCUGCAUUAACAUGAGUCUGGUGUGUAACGGACAAGUCGACUGCCCUGAAGGCCACGAUGAGAGCCCAGUGUGUAAUUCCGAGAGUUGCCGCGUUGACAACGGUGGCUGCAGCCAUCAGUGUGUUCAAACCCCGCGAGGCGCUGAGUGUCGGUGUCCGGUGGGCCAGGAGCUGAACGGCCUCAAGAACUGCGUCGAUAACGAUGAAUGCCAGCCACCCGGCUUGUGUAGUCAAGUGUGCAUCAACUUGAAAGGCUCCUACAAGUGCGAGUGUGUGGACCAGUACGUCCUUCUACCUGAUCACCACACCUGCAAGGUGGACAGAAACGACACGGAGCUGUUCCUGCUGAUAGCCAGUCGCCGCUCAGUGGUCAAGUCGAACCUCGAGCUCUGGCUCUUCGACCAGCUGCCCAUGGCGUCCUUCCAGUCGCUCACAGCCAUCGACAUGGACGUCCGCCGGGGUAACAUCUUCUUCUCGGACACUUCCCUCAAGAAGAUCUACCGCGCCUCCUACAAUGGUACAAACCUCGUUGAGAUCGUAGCAACGGGUAUCGACGUGGUGGAAGACAUCGCUGUGGACUGGGUGGGCGGCAACCUGUACUGGACGGACUAUGGGAUGGAGACGAUAGAGGUGGUCACCCUUGACGGCGACUACCGCAUGGUUCUCUUCAGCGAGAACAUCACCAACCCUCGCGCUAUCGAGGUCGAUCCCCGGGACGGAUAUCGAUACCUUUUCUGGUCAGACUGGGGUCAGAAUCCACGAAUCGAAAGGUCAGGGCUGGACGGCAGCGGCCGGGUGGCACUCAUCACCAAAGAUCUCUUCUGGCCGAACGCGCUGACCAUCGACUACCCGACCACGCGCCUGUACUUCGCUGACGCACGCAUGGACUUCAUCGAGUUCUGCGCCUACGACGGGUCGGGGCGACACAAAGUCUUUGCCAACGACCACUUCCUGCGACACCCGCAUUCCCUGACCAUCUACGAGGACUGGCUGUACUGGAGCGACCGCGCCGCAUCCCGGGUGUCGCGCUGCAGGAAGUUCAACUGCACCGACCGCAGCGUGGUGGCCUCCAGCAUCUCCCGUCCGUUGGGUAUCGCGGUCUACAGCAUCGUCAAGCAGCCGCCAGGUUCGAACCCUUGUGCCGCAGCCCAGUGUAGUCACCUUUGUUUGCUGUCGCCGAGGCCGACCGGAUACACCUGUGCAUGUCCAAUCGGAAUGAAGCUGGACAGCUCGGCCCACAACUGUGUGAAAGAUUCUUCCGAAGUGCUGCUGUUCAUGCAGUCCCACUUCAUCGCUGGCAUCAAGGUCGGCGUCGGCAACGACUCUGGCAUCAUCCCCGUGUCGUCUAUCGGUAACGGCCAAGACUUCGACUUCGACAGCGCGCAGGGCUACAUCUACUACGUGGAAAAGAUCAACGGAAGUCUGAACCGCAUACAAGUCAACGGUCGCAACGCCUCCGAGUUUGUACCCACGGCAGUUGUUGGCAUGCCCACAGCCGUAGCUGUUGAUUGGAUAUCGAGGAACCUGUACUGGACCAAUGCCGAGGCUGGUCUCAUCGAGGUCAUGCGUCUGGAUGGCGAGAACCACUACCGCGCCAUCUUGCUGAGCAACUCGGGUCGCCGGCGGGACGUGGCUCGCCCCAUCUCCAUUUGUCUCGACCCCACUAGAGGCCUGAUGUACUGGGGGGACGAGGGAGUGCCAGGUGUGGAAGCCAAGGUGUCAGUGGCCAGCAUGGACGGAAGCGCCGCGCGUCCCCUCACGCAUAUUGGUGCCGGCAACGUGCGACAACCCGCCUACCUGGCCCUCGACACCUUCUCGCAGAUCCUCUACGUCUCCGACAUCUUCUACCAGAAGAUAUGGAGAUACACCCUGCGGGUGGGCAUUGCGACAACCUUGGUCAGCAACGGCUCCCCAACAGGCCUGGCCUUCUACGACAACCGACUGUUCUACUACGACUCCACCUACGAGACCAUCAACACGGUGUCCAUGCACACCAUCCCCUCCGCGCAGAUUUUACGCAGCAACAUCAAAGGCGUCGGGGCGCUCAAGGUGUUUUACAACCGACAUACAGCAACCGGAGGCAAUGGAUGUCUGUUAAAUUACGGACAGUGUGAGCAACUCUGCCUACCGACUGGCACGAUGGGCAAAAAGACCUGCGUGUGUGGCGUGGGUUUCGAACUUUCCGACGGCAAGUGUGUAGCGUCGUCGUCGUUUAUCGUGGUGUCCAUGCGGACCGUCAUCCGGGGCUUUGGGCUGGGGCUGACGGAGGCAACGGAAGCAAUGACACCUAUUGCUGGCAAAGCGCGCGCCACCACGGAUAUCGACGUGUAUAUGCCCGGCCGCUUCAUCUACUGGGUGGACUCCCGCCAGCCACCCGGCGCUGGUACCCGUGCCGGCGGGAUCUACCGGAUCAAGCCGGAUGGAACUGGUUACCAGGAAAUCGUCACUUCCGGCAUCGGCACACUCAGCAUCCGCGGCAUCAGUAUUGACUGGGUGGCGGGAAACCUUUAUUUUACUAACUCCUUUGAUGUGGAGGUGUUUAUCGAGGUCGCCAGGGUCAACGGAUCACAUCGCAAGGUCAUCGUGCGAGAGUCGCAGGGGUCGCCUGCCAGCAUCGCUGUCAAUCCCAUCAAAAGGUACCUGUACUGGGCGGACGUGGGCCAGACGGCCAAGAUUGAACGGUCCCUGCUGGACGGCUCCAACCGGACAGCCCUUGUGACCAGUGGCAUCAGCAUUCCUCGCGCCCUCACCAUCGACUUCGAGACCCACGACGUCUACUGGAUUGACUCCAUCGUUGACUCCAUUCAGUGUAUGUCGUUCAGCGGUGGAAACAGACGAUUUGUUCAGACAAACAUACCUAAUGGCUAUGGCCUGGCUGUCUUCAGAACCUUCGUUUACUGGGUCGAUCAGAAUCUCAAAAAUCUGUUCCGCACUCCGAAAAAAGUACCAUUAACACAUGCUCGAGCAUCUGUGUCUGCAGGUGAAAGUCCAUGUGCGUCUAACAAUGGCGGGUGUGAACAGUUGUGCUUCGCGAUGCCCAACUCCACGGACCCCGUCUGUGGAUGCUCGUCAGCACUCGCAUCCGACGGGAAAGCUUGCCAAGCACCCUCGGACUUCUUGCUCUUUGCUGCGGAGACAGAGAUUCAGUCUCUGUCGCUGGACCCAGACACCACCUCGGCUCCCAUCCCUACCAUCACCAACCUCCAGGGGGCAGUGGCUGUAGACUUUGAUUCUGAGGCGAACUACAUCUACUUCUCUCAAGUCACGGCUAAGAAAAUAUCGCGAGUCAAAAAAGGCUCGGACAAAGUCGAGGACCUCAUCACCUCCCUCAGCAACUCCAGCGGACCGGCUUAUGUCCAUGAAGUGACCUCGGUGGAAGGUUUGGCCUUCGACUGGGUGAGCAAGAAGCUCUACUGGGCCGAUCUUUUCCGCAACCGCAUUUACAGUUCAUUUUCGAACCUCACCAACCGCGUGGUCAUCGCUGUAGUACAGAGUCCACGAGCCCUGGCCAUCCAUCCUUGUCUUGGGUAUAUCUACUGGUCUGACUGGGGCCGCACUCCAAAGAUCGAGAGAGCCACCAUGGCAGGCAACAAGCGGGAGGCCAUUGUGUCCACAGACCUGGGCUGGCCCAACGGCCUGUCCAUCGACUUCGACGAGGAGAAAAUCUACUGGGCCGACGCACAGAAAGACCGCAUCGAGCGCGCUAACCUGGAUGGGAACUACCGAGAGGUCAUAGUGCAGACCACUGUUCACCCCUUCUCUCUCACCGUCUUCGGCUUCCAUAUCUACUGGACAGACUGGACCCUUCACGGCGUGUACAGAGCAGAGAAACACACCGGGGCUAACAUGAAGAUGCUCGUGCAAGGCUUAUCUACAAGACCUAUGGGUAUCAUUGCCUUCUCCGCUAGCAGGCAGAAAUGCACCAACAACAUGUGCGCCAAUCACAACGGGGGCUGCAGCCAGAGCUGUCACCCGGCCCCCAACUUCCAGGUGGAGUGCGCAUGUCACGAGGGUAGCGGCUUGGUGGUGGGCAGUGACGGCAAGACGUGUGUGCCGGAGAACAGCACGUGCGCCACCGACGAGUUCAUCUGCGCCAACGGACGUUGUCUUCGCCAGCGCUGGGUGUGCGACCUCGACAACGACUGCGGCGAUGGCUCGGACGAGGAUCCCAACAUGUGUGCCAUGCACACCUGUGACCCCAAGUACUUCCACUGCACCAACGGCAGGUGUGUGCCACUGCGCUAUCGAUGCGACUUCGACAACGACUGCAGAGACAACUCUGAUGAGCAGGGAUGCGAGUAUCCCACCUGCGGCCCUGAUCAGUUCACCUGUCAGAACUUUUUCUGCAUUGAUAAUUCCCUCAAAUGUAACGGGGUAGACAACUGUCGGGAUGGAAACAGGACAGAUGAACUGGACUGCCCACCACGCACCUGCCCUACUAACGAGGUGAAGUGCCCGACUACAAACAUUUGCAUCAUUCGCCGCUACAUGUGCGAUGGAGACAACGACUGCGGCGACAACUCCGACGAAAACCCCUUGUUCUGCAGUCAGGUCAGCUGUGCUCCAGGUGACUUCCACUGUGAGAAGAGCCACAAGUGCAUCCCCAGCACCUGGCAGUGUGAUGGCGACAACGACUGUGGCUCAGGAGAAGACGAAGGAUCCUUCUGUGCAUCCUUCAACAGAACUUGCCUGGCAGACCACUUCUCCUGCGACAACGGCCGCUGCGUCUCCUCUCGCUGGGUUUGCGAUGGAGAGGACGACUGCGGAGAUAACUCUGACGAGAGCACCGAUCGCAAUUGUGAUCAAAGGACGUGCCCACCCAACACGUUCACGUGCCAGUCCAACAAGGCACACGGCAGCUACCCGUGCAUCGUGUCCCGAGUGUGCGACGGUUUCCGCAACUGCCGCGACGGCGAGGACGAGCAGCAGACGUGUCCGCCACGCACGUGCCAGUCGCACCAGUUCCAGUGUACCAACGGCAUCUGCAUCUCCUCGCGCUUCAAAUGCGACCACGAUAACGACUGCGGCGAUAACUCCGACGAGCCACAGGACUGCAAUUACCGCACGUGCACCAGCGAACAGUUCACGUGCGAUAACCAGCGGUGCAUCCCGCGCACGUGGGCUUGUGACGGCGACAACGACUGCGGUGACCGGUCCGACGAGAAGGAGGAGCGCUGCCUCACUCCGGAGCCGACAUGCCAGGGAAACCAGUUCCGGUGUGAAAGCGGACAGUGUAUACAUUACGAGAUGGUCUGCAACAAACAGUUUGACUGUAACGACGAAAGUGAUGAACAGCGGUGUAACGUUAACGAGUGCGAGAGUCCUCGCUCCAACCAGUGCCAGCACAAGUGCCUGGACACACUGACCAGCUUCAAGUGUGUGUGCAACGACGGCUUCCAGCUGAUGACCGACCGCCAUAGCUGUAGAGACAUUGACGAGUGCAAGGAGGAGCCCGGCAGGUGCAGUCAGCUGUGUGAAAACACCGAGGGCAGUUUCCUGUGCAAGUGUUCUGAUGGGUACGAGAGGCAGAGCGACGGCCGGACUUGCAAGAAGACAGAUAACAUCACGCCGUGGCUAGUGUUCACCAACCGUUAUUAUCUGCGCGAGAUGACCCUGGAGGGGGACAGCUACCGCCGCAUCGCCCAGGGCUUCGAGAAUCUCGUGUCGCUGGACUUCGACAUCGCCAACGACCUCAUCUACUUCACGGACGUGAAGACACACAAGAUCCACAAGAUCUUCGUCAACGGCACGCAGCUGGAGACGGUGGUGCAGCACGAUGUUCCCAGCGUGGAAGGCAUCGCCGUCGACUGGAUUGCCAGGAAGCUCUACUGGGUGGAUGGAAAGAAGGGAGCGAUUUACGUGGCAGAAAUGAACGGAACCAAUCGCCGAACACUGCUCAACACCGGAGUGCGCCGACCUCGCGCGAUUGUGACAGACCCUGCACGUGGGUUCUUGUACUGGAGUGACUGGGGCACUGGUCCUUACAUCGGCCGCAUGAGUCUGGACGGCACCAAUGUGUCGACGUCCUUCAUCACAGACAAGCUGGGCUGGCCUAACGCCCUCACCAUCGACCUGGAGACCAACAGACUGUGGUGGGCAGACGCCCACCUCGACAUCAUCGAGUUUAUCAACGCCGACGGAACCGGGAGGCACACGGUGAUGGAGGGAGUGCCGCACCCAUUCGCCAUCGCCUUGUUCGAGGACUGGAUGUACUGGUCGGACUGGAACCACAUGACCAUAGAGCGCGCACACAAGUACACGGGGGACAACCACAGCGUGCUGGUCAACGUCACCCACAGGCCCAUGGACGUCCACAUCUACCACCCUCUGAAACAGAGGCCAGGUGUUAAUCCCUGUGGCACAAACAACGGCGGCUGCUCUCACCUGUGCCUCAUUGCACCUGGCGGCAAGAGCUACACGUGCGCCUGUCCCGACUACUUCAACAUGCUGCCUGACAAACGCACGUGCGUCGCCAACUGUUCUGCCUCGCAGUUCCGCUGCGGCCCGACGGACGACAGGUGCAUCCCUUUGCUGUGGAAGUGUGACGGGUACCCGGACUGUCUGGACGCUGCGGAUGAGCCAGAAGACUGUCCGAAAAACAAUUGUCCCCCGGGGCAGUUCCAGUGCAAGAACGGUAACUGCACGCUGCCGUUCAACGUGUGCGACAAUGUCAACGACUGCGGAGACAACUCGGACGAGGACAAGUGCGACCUGAGGCCGUGCGAGUCGUGGCAGUUCCGCUGCAGCAACCACAAGUGCAUUCCUAAGAGGUGGCUGUGCGAUGGCAACGACGACUGCAACGACGGUUCGGACGAGCAGGGCUGUGGUAAUGUAACCUGCAGUACAAACCAGUUCCAGUGCGACAAUGGCGCCUGCAUACCCAAGACCUGGGUCUGCGAUUAUGAUGAUGAUUGUGGCGACAAGUCUGACGAGAAGACCCAGUUCCACUGUGAAUCCCGCACGUGCAAAGUCGGGUUGUGGUCGUGCGAGACCAACUACCGGUGCAUCCCGAACUGGGUCAGGUGCGAUGGCGAGGACGACUGCCGCGACAACUCGGAUGAAAAGGAGGAGAACUGCCAGGUGUGCCACUCCACCGGCGACUUCACCUGCAAAAACCGCCGCUGCAUCCCCAAGCGCUGGAUGUGUGACUUCGACGACGACUGCGGUGAUAAUUCGGACGAGGACCAAGAUACCUGCAGGAACGAGUAUCGAGAAUGUUCGGAAUCGGAGUUCAGGUGCGCGAACAACAAAUGUGUGCAGAGCAAGUGGCGAUGUGACUACGACGAUGACUGCGGCGAUGGAUCUGACGAGGACCCUAAAUCUUGCACUAAGUUCCGUGAGUGUGACAGCACACAGUUCAGGUGUGACAGCGGCCAUUGUGUCAGUCGCCAGGGAGUGUGUGAUGGACGGCGGGACUGUCGGGACGCCUCGGACGAGAAGCACUGCUCCCCCCGCUACCCCAACGACCGCUACUGCUCCCCCGGCCAGUUCCAGUGCGCCAAUCACGUGUGCAUCCCGAAGGAGUGGCAGUGCGAUGGAGCGGAUGACUGCGGCGACAAGUCAGACGAGACAAGCGAGGUGUGCUUGCAGACCAGCUGCAGUGCGCCGACCCAGUUCCGGUGCUUGAACUUCCGGUGUGUCCAGAGGUGGCAGUCGUGUGACGGACGCGACAACUGCGGUGAUGACUCGGAUGAGGAUAUUGCCUAUUGUCUCAAGACCAGAAGACGUAGAUGCGAGGCAGAUGAGUUCAAGUGCGGGACCCUGCAGUGCAUCGCGGCGUCCAAAGUCUGCAACAACGUGCGCGACUGCGAUGACGCGUCUGACGAGAUCGGCUGCCACAAACCUCAAUCACCUGAAAACUGCUCUCUCAGCAACGGUGGAUGUGAACACGUGUGUACUGACCUGCUGAAUGGAGGCUUCGUCUGUUCCUGUAGACAUGGCUUUAAGAUCGCUGCCUGGGAUAAUAAAUCGUGUGAAGACAUUGACGAGUGUGCAUCAUGGGGAAACAACUGCACACAGAUUUGCCAGAAUGUCAAGGGCUCCUUCAAGUGCCAGUGCGCCAGUGAUUUCCAUGAUGUAGAGAACAAGGGCCAGGAGUGCAAAGCUACAGAUCGCAACGUGGUGAUGCUGUUUACCGUGGGUCACGAGGUCCGCCAGUACCGCUCGUGGACCAAGAACUACACGGAGGCUGUAGUCAGCGGGCGGCGCGCGGAUGGCCUGGACGUGGACCCUCUGCGGCGGCUGAUGUUCUGGACGGACACGCACCUGCACCGCAUCAACCGCGCCGUGGUGCCCAAAGACAGCGACGUCACCACGCUACCACAGCGUCUACCUCUCAGCGGUGUGAGUCGCCCCGAGGACGUCGCCGUCGACUGGGUUGCUGCAAAUAUUUACUGGACUGACUCCAACACCAAAACGGUAUCGGUGGCCAAAAACGAUGGGCGUUACAGGAAGGUUCUAGUCUCCACGGACCUCUUCUAUCCACUUGCCAUAGCUGUCAAUCCGCGAUUAGGGUACAUGUACUGGAGUGACGUCAACAGCACGUCACCGAAGAUUGAACGAAGCUGGAUGAACGGUGAGAAGCGAGAGACGUUGGUGUCCACUCGCCUGUUGCGACCCUCCAGCAUCGCCAUCGACUUCUUCAUGGGCGACCGCGUGUACUGGAGCGACAGCAAGGACAACUCCGUGUCCUCCAUGAACCCUGACGGAACCGACAGGUCGGUUAUUGCCAAAGGAAUCUUCAACCCUGUGAGCAUCGACCUGUUUGAAGGCGGACUGGUCUGGGCAUCAAAGCUGGACGGCAAGAUCCUGCGUGUGGACAAGUUUGGACGGGGAGAGGUCAAGGUCAUUCAGACAGGCCUGCACAUGCCACGGGCCGUCAGCGUGUACCACAUCAUGCGCUACGACAUUUCCGUGAAGUCCAACUGCUCGAGGUCAGAGUGCAGUCACUUGUGUCUGAUUGUGCCUUCCGGUUACAAGUGCGCAUGCCCUGAAGGCGCAGACUUCGAAAAGGAAAGCAGCACCAUCUGCAACGCCGCCGCCGAGGUGGAGAUACCACAGCCAGAGGUCUGUCCGUGUCUGCACGGUGGCACGUGCCUUAACGAGGACAUCGCUGCCAACAUCUCGUGUGCCUGUCCUGAAGGUUACCUGGGUACGUUCUGUGAAGUGGCCCAACAGAAAGGCCACAAUAGAUCUGCCUCAGAAAACAUCAGCAUCAUCGUGCCUGUGGUUCUGGCAGUCGUCAUUGCCGCCAUUCUCAUUGCAGUUAUCGUUGUGCUGAAGCGACGAGGUGUGGACUUCAACUUCAAAAAGCUGAUAAGUAAGCCGGGUGUGAGCUCGCAAAACAAGAUGCACACUACAGUCAGCUUUAGAGAAGGCGGGCAGGUCAAGCUGGGAGUCCCUGACAUGGCCCAUGAUUCCUCCGGACCCACAGAGAUGCAACAGGUUUCUGAUGCUGCAUCUGGCUCACUCCACGACCCAACAUCUCCGACCAACUUCACCAACCCCAUGUACGACAGUCUACACGCCCGCGACACCAUGGUGUUGCCAGGCAACCCGCCCCCUCACGAGUCGUCCACCGAUGAUUUCGUACCCCCGCCCGUGUCUCGUCGCUCUGACAUAAUUCAUGAUCAGCUAAGGUCAUCACGUGACGUCAGUCCUCAGGUCGAGAUAGUCCCGCGCGCCCUUGACCCCACAGAUGAUGAUGAGCACGACACAGCUGGCUUAGUACGGUCGGGGUCGCACUGACCCGCUUCGUCAAAAAAGACUGAGAAAACGAGAGGUAUGAAAGACUGGCAAGAGAAGUAUCCUCAGGAGACGAAAUGCAGACUAACUCGCCCAUGCUGUACCACCGAGGGCGCAAAGUGAACACAACUCAUCGAAAUGUUUAAAGAGAAAACUACGUUAAAACUGUAGUCACGCAUCAAUGUACACGAUGAAGCUUUUAUGCAACAGUAAGCUGCGGGACAGCUUUUUUCCGUUUUCUAUUUUCUCUUGUCUUUGUUUUCUUUUCUCUUUUUUUCUCCUUAAGCUUAAGAAUUGCCGGAAAGAGUGAUGCUUGAUAACACUGGGAACAACUGCUUUUGAUGAAAUUUGUAUCAAUUGUCUCGGAUAUUCCUAAUCAGGGCGAAGAUGGCGGAUAUGCAGUCAGAUGUGUUGUCAAACACGUGCCUGGAUGGUUCGGUGGGGGGAAGGAAUUGGUGUCAUUCUCUAAUACAAGCAAAUUAUAACCAAAGUAGGAUUCCUUGAGCUAGGAAAUAAGUCCCACGUGAUUCUAUGUGUUGGAACUGUUUGUUCCAAAAUGUCGCUGACACAAAGAUGUAAAACAUUUUCUGUAUUUGAAGGCUGAGUGAAAUAUGGAGAUUGAACGUUGUUGCCGUUGGUCUUUUAACUUACAAAUAUAACUCUAAAAAUAGAAGAAAGAUCAUUAAGAAUCAAACAAAGCUGAUUUAUAACAAAGCAUAUUCAAACCACGCCUAUAAUGCCCUUAUGUUUGCCUGAGGCAGUUUUGAGGGUAAUGUGUGGGUUACUCUCUCCUCUCUGGUUACUCCACAACAUGGGUCUUUUGACUGCACACCCCAGAGAGAUGACCUCUUGGUCCCACUUCCGAGGGAGAGCUUUUUCUAUCGGUCAGGUAUUUCCUUCAAUCCAGCUAUUCUCGACUAGAUGGUAAUUCCGAAAUGGGUUUUUGUCUCGACUAGUGAUGUACCAUACUGGGGCUUACUGCCCAAAGAGUUUUUCUUACAAACUAAACAACUCGCAGAGUGCCUUCCUCUCGAUUAUACAAAUAUUUUUUUAACCUUGACAGCCUAUCCCAAAUGAUGAAUGAUGAAGUUGAAUCACGACUAUUUCUGUCAGUAAAAUAGAAAAGACACGUGCACAUAUCAUAAGUGGUCCGCCCUCCUCGGGAAUAAAGCCAGAUUCCUUUUGAGAAAUGCAUGUCAGCUGCAGCAACUAAACAUUCAUCAGACAUGAGCAGACAGUGCAUAUCCCGUGAAGAUGCCAUAGUUUCUUCAAUGACAGAUAACCACAAUUUAAAAUGCAGAUCCGAGUAUCAGAGGUAGAGGUAGUCCCGGCCAAUUAGUCGGCUGGAGAUAGUACAUGAGCUAAAGUACUCAUUUUUAAAUAUCCAGACAUCAAAGUCCUACAAAUACUAUUCUGUUACUAAAUAAAAAUUAAGGCAUAUUUCCAUAAAAGACGACGUUUAAGAUGUCUUCAUGCCGAAUAUGCAGCAAAGGACUAAACCUGGAUCCAAGUUUCAGACGGGGUAGAUUUUUAUCAUAUCGGCUCUUUCUCCAGCUUUUACUCUUGUCUUUACACAUAAAGACACACAAGUACACCUUAUUCGAACGCCAUGCCACUUACAAAAUAUCUCACGGCUAACAGGUUAGAACAGUUGUGCAAACCAUUAUCUUGCAUGGCAGCCAGCUCAAGAAUGCAACCAGAAAGCAACUUCACCGCAAAUCUCCCAUCAUUAAAGUGCCAAACCCGAAAAGAACGGCUGCUCAUUAGGCCUCAAGGUGGCGAGCAGUGAUUGUUCCCUUUCGCAUUAUUCAAUUCUACAUGACACGAACAUAUAUCAGAGUAAUUUUAAAAAUCUGAUAACAACCACUGAGCCACGUGAGUAAACGCUCAGCAGAACUGAAGUAUUGCCGAUAGCUAAGUACCUACGGGGGGACAAUGUGGUGCACCCUAAUGCAUCUUUGGGUCACACCUGAGUAAUUUAUCCUCCAGGAAGAACAACGUGUGCAUGAGUUUUAUGUCUUUGGCUGAGAAGUGUACACCAUUUAUUUCACCCUGAUUUGAUGUGAUAUUUGGAUUUUUUUUUUAUACGAAUCAAAUGUGAGAAACGUGUAAAUAUUUUAGCUUGGUAUUCUAGACUAGUAAAGUGGUGUACAUAUAUACAUGAUACAUUGUAAUGUAUAUUUUCAUUACCUAAAUAUGAUGCAGCCUUUAAAUGCAGCGGUAUUUUCCACUAUCUUUGACAUAAACUCCUAAGCAAGCAUUCCUAAUAUGGCUUUGGCGAUGAAAUAGUCAUAAUAAAAGUGAAACACAUGUGCAGAUGUAUGCGUGUACAUCACUGCGCGAGUGGACAGAUAA